AUGCUGCGAGUGCUUCGCGUCUCCGGCACAGAGGUGGCCGUAUUGGAAAACCUCGAGGCCGAAGGGAUAACGGAUGUCAGAAGCCUGAAGCGUUACCUCGAGCCGCGCUGCUCGGCCACGCGUUUCCGCCAACGGCUGGUGAAGGAUCAGGUUGGCACUCUCGACGACGCGGAGCUGCUCAGUGCGCGCUUGACGCUGCAAUUGAUCCUUGUCCCAUUCACGUCUGCUUCAAGGCAGGAGGUGGAUGAGCUACUUUCUGCGGCGAAAGACGGGUGGAGUGGGCAAGCGGAGCAGAUCCUGCAACGGCCGCAAGAUCCAAAUGUCACGAGCGAUGAUGCUGGACAUAUGCCGUUGCAUCUGGCCGCACAGGGGGGGCAUCUAGAAGUCGCAAGGCUCCUCUUGGAAGGGGGAGCCCGCAAGGACCUCCUCAGCCGCGUUGCCCCCCUCGAUGCCCCCAUGCACCUUGCCGCCCUCUGCAACCGCGCCGAGAUCAUCCAAGAGCUGCUGGAAUGGGGCGAUAUCCCGGACCGCCUUAAUGGCUUGAGAAUGACGGCGCUGCACAUUUCGGCCGAGCACGGCCACCUCCCCGUGGCUCGAUGUUUGAUCCGAGGACUGGCCGAUGUGAAUCGCGUUUUUGCUGGUUAUGCGACGCCAUAUAGCCUGGCCAAGGAAGGGUGGCACAUCGAUAUGCAGCAGUUGCUCGUGCAAGCUGGCGCGGACCGAAACUUGCAUCUCACUUUGAACCCUGAUGACGACGACUAG